AUGGCGCAGCGAGGAAUUCAGAUGGACCAAGAAAAACUCUGCUGUUCCAUCUGUCUGGAUCUACUGAAGGAUCCUGUGACUAUUGCCUGUGGACACAGCUACUGUAUGAGCUGUAUUAAAAGCCACUGGGAUGAAGAGGAUCAGAAGCAAAUCCACAGCUGUCCUCAGUGCAGACACACCUUCAUGCCGAGGCCUGCUCUGGUGAAAAACACCAUGUUAGCAGAUUUAGUGGAGGAACUGAAGAAGACAGGACUCCAAGCUGCUCCAGCUGAUCACUGCUAUGCCGGACCUGAAGAUGUGGCCUGUGAUUUCUGUACUGGGAGAAAGCUGAAAGCUGUCAAGUCCUGUCUGCAGUGUCUGGUGUCUUACUGUGAGCAGCACCUCCAGCCUCACUAUGAAUGCCCUGCCUUUAAAAAACACAACCUGGUCAGCCCCUCCAAGAAGCUUCAGGAGAACAUCUGUACUCGUCACAACAAGGUGAUUGAGAUUUUCUGCCGCACUGAUCAGCAGUGUAUCUGUUAUCUGUGCUCCAUGGACGAACAUAAAGGCCACCACACAAUUUCAGCUGUACAGGAACGGACUGAGAGGCAGAAAGAGCUCGGGGUGAGUCGACAAAACAUCCAGCGCAGAAUCCAGAACAGAGAGAAAGAUGUGACGGUGCUUCAGCAGGAGGUGGAGGCUAUCAAUCACUCGGCUGAUAAAGCAGUGAGGGACAGUGAGAAGAUCUUCACAGAUCUGAUCCGUCUCAUUGAGAAAAGAAGCUCUGAUGUGAAGCAGCACAUCAGAUCUCAGCAGAAAACUAAAGUUAGACAAGUCAAAGAGCUUCAGGAGAAGCUGCAGCAGGAGAUCACUGAUCUGAGGAGGAAAGACACUGAGCUGGAGAAGCUCUCACACACAGAGGACCACACCCAGUUUCUACAGAGCUACCCCUCACUGUCACAUCUCACUGACUCUAAAGACUCAUCCAGGAUCAAUAUCCGCCCUGUGCGACACUUUGAGGAUGUGACUGCAGCUGUGUCAGAGGCCAGAGAUAAACUACAGGACUUUGUUAGUGAUGUGUGGACCAAGAUCUCACUGACAAAGACUGAAGUGGAUGUUUUGCUGGCACAACCUCAGCCCAAGACCAGAGCUGAAUUCUUACAGUAUUCACGUCAGAUCACACUGGAUCCAAACACAGCAGGCAAUUGGGUCAGAUUAUCUGGAGGGAACAGAAGAGCAACAGAAAAUCAGCCAGGAUCUUUACCAGUUAUUCCUCCACCAGGUUCACGCAGUGACAUCAUCAGACUUCAGGUCCUGAGCAGAGAGAGUCUGACUGGACGAUGUUACUGGGAGGUGGAGUGGAGUGGUGGAACAGUUUCAGUAGCAGUCACAUCUGCACAUAGGAAAAGACCAGUAUAUGAAACUGCAUUUGGGAAAAAUGACACAUCUUGGGCAGUAUAUUGUUUGAUGAAUCAUUAUCAAUUCAGACAUAACCGUAUCAUCACUUCCAUCUCAGGCCCUCAGUCCUCCAGAGUGGGAGUGUACCUGGAUCACCCUGCAGGUAUUUUGUCCUUCUACAGCGUCUCUGACACCAUGACUCUCCUCCACAGAGUCCAGACCACAUUCACUCAGCCUCUCUAUGCUGGACUUGGUGUUUAUCAUUAUCAUAGCUCUGCUGAAUUGUGUGAUCUCAAGUAGACAAGUGUUAUAAACAAGGCAAAGGCUGAGAAUCUACUUUUAGGUAGUGAAUUUACUCUCCAUCU